UCCUCAUUCCUUCCAAACGCUUCCCCAAUUCCGUAUCAGCCAAUGGGAUUAGGUUUAUUCUUUACAUUGGCCAAUCACGAGAAAGGGGGCGUCUGCAAGCGCGUGCCUUAUAAAAACCGAAGUGUACGCCGCUGUCACUGCACUGUAGCUGUUCAGGACACUGAUUGAAAAGACCUUAGCAGGAAAACUUACAAGCCGAGUGAAUCGCUCUAGUUUCACCUGCGUUUUCACCAUGAAAGCCAUCAGUCCCGUCCGCUCGGUGAGGAGCUGCUACAAGGCCGUGUGCUGCAUUUCGGAGCAGAGCCUCGCCAUCAGCCGGAAUAAACACUCCUGUCUGGAUGAGCCGGUGAGCGCCCUGUGCGACAUGAACGACUGCUACUCCAAGCUGAAGGAGCUGGUUCCGAGCAUCCCGCAGAACAAGUCGGUCAGCCAGGUGGAGAUCCUGCAACACGUUAUUGACUACAUCUUCGACCUGCAGAUCGCGCUGGAGGCAGGGGACACGGCCACGCCGGAGAUGGUUUUGUCAAUAAAGACUGCGGACAUUAGUCGCAAUUUCUCCAAAGAAGAUGGGCGGUUGUGCCAUUAAGAUGGAGAUGGCAUGUUAUGGUGCAGGGAAACACAUGUCUCCACUUCACUCCGGGCAAGAGGACAAGAGGGGCAGAAAGGGUGGGAUAGGUAUUUGGGAGAGAAGGAGAAGAAGAAGGAGGAGGAGGCGGGUUUGACGAAAGAAAGAGAAAAAGUGGACUGUUUCCUAGAUGAGUGGGGAUCAACAGUAUUGCAUGAGCAAGAAAACAGAGACUCAUUCUUUGGCCCCCGGACAGACAAAUCAACACACCAAAGUAGAAGCCAGGAUUGGAAAGUGAAAGCUACCAGCUUUGUAUGCCUUCCUCUUAAAAAAAAGAAACAACAACCUGGGAUUCCUUAUAGAUAGUCGGAGGAAUUGUUCUUCUUUUCUUUUCUUUUCUUUUCUUUUCUUUUCUUUUCUUUUCUUUUCUUUUCUUUUCUUUUUGUAUUGCAUUCCAAACAUAAGUUUUUGUGGACACACAACCUGAACUUUGUAUCCACCAAGUCUCAUAUCACCUCACACAAUUAUCACCCCCCCCCCCCCCCCCCCCCC